UACACUUUCAACAGUAGCCGCUUGUCUCUUCCGCUGCGCAAAAGUAGCGCAUAUCAGGCGUUCUAGAUAAUAAUCUUCACUGUCAUACAAUUGCCAAUUGCUUAGUUUGGCCUACGACCGCAGUCCUGCACCGUUAACGACCUCCGCACCACCUCCGCACUUCCUCAAAGGAUCUUCACAUAUUUCGACAACUACGACGACACCACUCGAUAUUCCACCAUGGCCGACCUCGAAGCCGCAACUGAGGCUGUAUCCUCGUCGCCGUCCUCCUCCCCGACAUCCCCAGCAGAAUUAUUAUACCGCAGCUCCCCCGAACGGCUCGGAAUGCCUUUCGACAGACGGCUUCUCCUCGCACUCUCCUCAUCCUUCUUAUGCGGCUUUACCCUUGGGACCUCGCACGCGGGCCACCUGGCCUCACUCCGCUUCCGAGCCGAGAAUGCGCACCGGCUACCCAUCUCCCAACCGGGUUGGUACUUAUACCACAAGUCGAAGAACUACUACAAAGCAAAGGAGGGCAUCGUAGUCGGGGUGCGCAAGGGCGGGUACCUCGCGGCGUGGACGUCGAUAUUCUUCGUGCUCGAGGAAUCGAUCGACGUGUUCCGCGGGACGUGGAAGGCGGGUAGGACGGUGGCGGAAAUGGAGGGUGUGGAUGAGUUGGAUAUGCGGGACAUGGGCGGCGCGGUGGAGAGGAGCAGAGACUUUGUGAGCAGUGGGAUUGCGGGGAUGGUCACCGGCGGCAUUUGGAGCGCUUGGAAUGCGUUCCCCAUGGUCACGGCUGCGAGGACGAUCAGACUUGGGUUGGCGGUCGGGUUGGCGUUCGGAUUGGGGCAGGAUGGGUUGACAUAUUUGAGGGGAAGGAGCGUGGGGUGGGUUGGUGAGGUCGCAGGGAAGGGAACGGAGGAGGGUCAAGAUGGCGUAGAGGUUGAGGCGAAGGGUGCUUGAACGCUAGGUCCGUCGUGGG